CUCCUGACCUGCACAUCCUUCCCGUGAUCCACCACUGCACACAGGCAGUUCGUGCCGCUUGCUUCAGCACCUGUACAUCACUCGUGCCACAAGCCAUGCGCAGCGCAGCCGUCGCCCGGCCCGCACGGCCACGGCGCCGCCCCAACCUGCUGCUGCUCCUCGUCGCGCUGCUGGCGUGCGCUGUGGCGGCGGUGCAGGCGGCCAAGGACUACUACGCCGUCAUGGGCAUCGACCGCCGCGCCGACGACCGCACCAUCAAGAAGGCAUAUCGCAAACUGGCGCAGAAGCUGCACCCCGACAAGCACCCGGACAAGUCGGACGAGUUCGUGCAGCUCUCGGACGCCUACCAGGUGCUGUCGGACCCGGAGCAGCGCAAGAUCUACGACCGCUACGGCGAGGACGGCGUGAAGCGGCACCAGCAGCAGGCGGGCAGCGGCGGCGGGCACCACGAUCCGAUGAACGUCUUCCGGAACUUCUUCGGCGGACAUGGCUUCGGCGGGCCACAGGGCGUGCCGCGCGGGCCGGGCAAGCAGUACAACCUCGAGGUCGACCUGGCGGACAUGUACAAGGGGCGCACGGUCACCAUCCAGCACCAGCGCAGCAUCAUCUGCCCGGGCUGCGACGGGAGCGGCGCACGCAACAAGGGCGACAUCCACUCGUGCGAAGCGUGCAGCGGACAGGGCAUCCGCAUUGUGCAGCAGCAGAUUGCGCCCGGCUUCGUGACGCGGGCACAGAUGCAGUGUGACAAGUGCCGGGGCCAGGGCCGCGUCAUCAAGCACAAGUGCGACCGCUGCCACGGCAAUAAGGUCGUCGCUGAGACCGUCGAGCUCGAGGUGGAGAUUUCGCCGGGCGCGCAGGAGGGCGAGGAGAUUGUGUUUGAGGGCGAGGCGGACGAGAGCCCGGACCACGAGGCGGGUGAUGUGGUCUUCAGAGUCAAGUCCGUGCCGUCGAAGGGCACCUUCCGGCGGCGAGACACGCACCUCUACACGACGCACGCCAUCUCGCUCGGCGACGCGCUGCUGGGCUUCGAGCAUGCGCUGGCGCACUUUGACCAUGUGCUGCCGCUGCGCCGCACCGGCGUCACGCAGCCCGGCUGGGUGCAGACGGUCAGGGGGCAGGGCAUGCCGCGGCGCGAUGGCAGCGGGCACGGCGACUUGUUCGUCGAGUAUGUCGUCGUCAUGCCCGACGAGAUCGACGGGGACCUGCAGACCGCGUUUGAGAAGAUCUUCGGGCGGCCUGCUGUGCGCGAUGGGCGCAACGCGACGCACGCCGCGCACGACGAGCUAUAGAAUAGACUGUAUUGCAUGGCG